AUUGUUAUAUAAUGUAAAUACAGGCACUCUUAUUACUUUAAAGUAACCAUCUCACUUAACACAUUGUUAUAUAAUGUAAAUACAGGCACUCUUAUUACUAUAAAGUAACCAUCUCUGCAAAUCUAAGAAUCUCGUAUAGUGCUCAUUGUAGUUGUUCGUACGAUUGCAAAGAGUCCUAUUGUUGAUAGUAGCUUAAAUUGGUCAGAGAAGCCAAGAGGAAUCCUGAGAAUACAAAACUGAUUGUUGACUAAAUGACCUGAAACUUGAAGACAGAUGAGUAACCACAUUACCUCUAAUUUUGCUAUUUCAAGUGUUUUUGGUUGAUGAGGUUUCGUGUGCAGUUUUUCUUCAUUGGAUAACUUGAAUCUUACAUUAUUAAUUGAUAACUUGAAUUUUACCUGUAUUCUUUCAUCUAUAGUAUUUUACUUGAAUCUUACCUUACAUAUACAGUACUUUAACUUGAAUCUUACCUUACAUCUAAAGUACCUUACCCGAAUCUUACCUUACAUCUAAAGUACCUUACCUGAAUCUUACAUGUAUCCUUUCAUCUAAAGUUCUUUACUUUCAACAUUUGGAGAUAUAGUACUACAACAGAAGCAGCCAACAGGUAAUAAGAUUCCAUAAUUGUCUACGAAGCUCUUUUACAAUGUAGUAAUUGAACAGAUACUCUGGUAAUUGGAUAAUCUGACAAAUGAUAUAUAGUAAUGAUUACUUACAGUACUAUAACAUAAAUAUAUAGAUUAUCUAACAAGAAAUAUGUAUUGAUAGUUAACUAAACACUAUAAUCUAAACAUUUUAAAAGAUACUCUGGUAAUUAGAUUAUCUAACUAAUAAUACAUAAUAUUGGCUACUUACAACUGCAUGUUUUAAGCUUCACUAGUAAUUAGGUGAUUUAACUAAUAGUGUUUAGCAAUGGUUACUUAACAGUGUAUUUUAACCAUUUCAAAGGCUUCAGUUACAAUUACGAAAUCUAACAUGCUGUGUCUGUACAGUGAAAGAUUUUUCUAUCACAUCAAGCAUGUUUGUAUACAGUAUAGAGAGGGGAUAAUCACAGUUUAUAAGAAUGAUAUAUAUACCAAUGCAAUGGUAUGUAGCCAUAAAUGUGACCCAAGGUACCAGGCUAUCCAAUGCAGUGGUAUGUAGCCAUAAAUGUGACCCAAGGUACCAGGCUAUCCAAUGCAGUGGUAUAUAGCCAUAAAUGUGACCCAAGGUACCAGGCUAUCCAAUGCAGUGGUAUGUAGCCAUAAAUGUGACCCAAGGUACCAGGCUAUCGAAUGCAGUGGUAUGUAGCCAUAAAUGUGACCCAAGGUACCAGGCUAUCCAAUGCAGUGGUAUGUAGCCAUAGAUAUGACCCAAGGUACCAGGCUAUCCAAUGCAGUGGUAUAUAGCCAUAGAUAUGAUUGGACAAAAGCAUCUGAUAUUUAACAACUGGCAGAAUACUUAUCUGAGAGUUUUAUUAUUCCCAUCUUUAAAUAUAAAAAAACAGUGAAAUACAUUUUGUUGGUUAAAUAAGAUCUAGAGUAAUCAGCAGUUGAUACAGUUAAAUAUAUGUUUUUUGCUUUUUUAGGUAAGUAGGAGACGAGCCAGUGUUGCAACUUUCCACAGACCAACAUUCUUAGAGCGAUCUCCAGUUGGUAAUGACACUUUUGUUGUGGAUAAUCAAUGCCAUCCCUCUGGAGCACUUAUGUCUUCUAGUAGUAGCAUAGGAUCGGUAAACUCAUCUGUCACCACAAGUUCUGUUCCGUUAGGAUCUGCUAAGUCGCCUUCUAUACUUGAUGAACAAGAAGAUAAUAUCAGUGAAGAAAAUGGAUCACAAAUUGAGGAUAAAGAGAGUGCUAAAAAUACAGUGACAGAUCACCUAAGUGAGAAGAGCAUGGAUAAAAAAGAAAUUCAAGGUACACAAGAAGUAAAAGAGGAAACAUCGCUAAGAAGUAAUAAUGUUUCAGGAGCUGAGUUGGAAAAUCCUGACCUUUCUAAAAAUGAUUCACCAGAUGGCCCAACAAACUAUUCCCACGAACAAGCCAUGGGGUUUAACAAAAGUCUAAAUAAAGAUUCAGAAAUAAUUGAUGAUGAAAUAUUGGAGGAACACUUGGCUGUCAAGAAUAGAAAGGUAAAAGAGUGCAGAUCCUUUAUACACGGAUUAUGUAAAGAAAUUAUAAACUUGGACAGUGCAACAUUACGCCAAAGGUUUCGUUUAGGUUUGAGUGUGAUUUUGGUUAUUGCUGGAUUAUUUAGCCUACUUAUAACAUUAUUACCAAGCCAAGCUACAGCCAGUUAUUCUGACACGUAUACUGAAGAAAUGAUCAAACCUGUGUUUUCCUCAUUUGGAGCUCUGGAAAGUUGAAAUAAUACCACUUUAGCAGAUUUUCAUUGUAUAAAGUUAUGUACUAAUCAGCUAUAUUUAUUUCAGAAAUAUCUACAAUAAAACUUAGAGAUCCGAUAACUUAAUAUUUUUUUUUAAAUUAUAAGUGAAAGUUUGCUUUAGAUCAAAAUAUAGUAUUUUUUACCUAUUAUAUGAUUAAAUUGAUAGCCAAAUAUUAUAACGCUUUCUUCAUAUAAAGUUUUAAACUUGUACAAAACAAUUUCUGUAUAACUAAUUCCUUUAAUACCAAAUAUCAGUUAUUGUUGGGAUUACUGCUUAGACAUCUGCCUUGAAAUUGUUCUACAGAUAAACGAAUUUAUAUUAUUCAGUACGUUGUUGUCCAACGAAGGCUCUGUAAGAUGGCCGAAAGCUUGCAAUUAAAAGUUUUUAAUGUAGA